CUUUAUGACCGAGUAAGUACUUCCGGUCGAUGCACUUCCUUUGAGACUAUCGCUGGACGGCAGCAAGGAAAAUACAAAUGCUGGCAACCAGAGCCCUGAGUCUUGUUGGCAAACGUGCCAUUUCCACAUCUGUCUGCUUACGUGGCAGUCAUGGUGUCGCUAAGGUGGAGAGCUACACUCUCCCCGCCUACUUUGACAGGCGGGAGAACCCCCUUCCAGAUAUCAGCUACGUGCAGAACCUGAGUGCUGAACAGCAGUCGCUCAAGGAGAAGGAGAAAGGCUCAUGGGCCGCACUCUCCAAUGACGAGAAGAUAGCGUUGUAUCGCAUCAGCUUCAAGCAGAGCUUUGCUGAAAUGAACAAGGGAUCAUCUGAGUGGAAAACUGUGCUUGGGGGGGUGUUUUUCUUUUUUGGCUUCACUGGUCUGGUGGUGUUCUGGCAGAGGAAGUAUGUGUAUGGCCCAGUUCCUUACACAUUUGAGCAUGAGUAUAAGGAGAAAGAGCUGCAGAGGGUGCUGGACAUGAGAAUGAACCCCGUGGAGGGCUUCUCAUCGCAAUGGGACUACGAAAACAAGCAGUGGAAGAAGUAAAGUAACAAGCGGACCAUGUCACACAUUUGAAAAUAAAAAGCAGACCAAUUUAAAGAUCAAAAACGCCUGCGAUACUCUAUCGAUCAGCCAUUCACUUUACCUCAGUGUGAUCAUUGUGGAAGACAUCUCCCCCUUACAUUCAGUGUAUAUUACAGAAAUAAAAUAAAUGUCAAAGAAUGUGAA